AUAAAUAAUGAAUGAAAGAACAUUGAUAUCUCUAGUACAACAGUAUACGGAACUGUAUGACCCGGAAGAUCCACAUUAUCAUGAUGAUCAGUGCCGAAUGAGUAUAUGGGAAGAGAUUGGGAGGAAUACGAAUGAAAAGCCCUUAGCAUGUAAAGAGAAAUGGAAAAAGAUUCGUGAAAACUUUAGAAAGGCAAUUAACCUAAGAAAAAGUAAAAGCGAACAAGGUUUAAAAAACUUCAAGCCUAUACGACACGGUAAAGAACUAAGAUUUCUCAUCCCAUACCUUGAACCAAACGAGUCAGAAGAUUUGACAAAAUUACUAUCUAUAUCUAGUGAUGAUGAAGAAGAAGAUAGUAACAUUACACCACCACCAAAAACUAAAACCGUAUCAGUCAAUAAAAUUAGCAAAACGAAAAAAACAGAAAAUAUUCCCGAACCUGAAAAUCAACAGCCUGUAUUCAAAUCGUACUUACCUGUAGAAAAAAUAUACACCCCCGAAAGGCAGGAAGAAAAAGACCCUACUGUGGAGUUUUUCAAAAAUCUGGGGGAAACUGUGAAGACGUUUCCACCUGAUGUUCGAGUGCGGGUUAAGAGAGCAGUUUUUAGUAUAGUUAGCGAAGCUGAAGAAGAAAUGGUUACGAGGGAAGUUGGAGAUCGUAAGCCGUGACUGUAAGUUUCCAUUGGACUAUGUAUUUGUAUUUCACUGUUGAAGACGGGAGCGGUUAUUGCAAAAAUACGAGUAAACGAAUAUCUAAGUGAAAGCUCCGUGGAUAUUGGGUAGCAAUUUCAGUGAUAUAGUUUGCAUAUCUAGAACAAUUAAGUGUGUUCCUAUUUUUGUGAAGUGGUCGUGUAAAUAGAAGUGAAUGGAUAUUAGGUAAUCGGAGCCAAACGAGGCGAACGAAUGUAAUUCUAGAAUUCUUUGAUAAACAAUUCUGCCAAGGAAGCAGUUCUGACAUUUUUGUAAAUAUCUCUAAUCAUAAUUCAUUGAUAUAAUGGAUUUUAAAAGUAAAUAAGGUAACGACUGAGGUUAA